CCACCCCCGACUGUGCGACAGGCACUCCACCUGCAACGUGACGGCAGGUAGAGGCGAUACAGCCAGAGACGCCACUCAACAUCUGCAGAGAGGAGUAUAGAGGACACUCACUAUGGGAAAUGAACUCAGCACCUUCGACGUGGAGGAGGACCAGGAGGAGAGCACCGAGGACCUCAAACCCCAGGUCGGGAUAGAAGUUCAGAAUGGACCCGUCACCCUACAGAGCUCGCCCAUCAUCAACACCGCGCCACCCAACACCCGGGAUAACAACAAAGCAAACACUCCGCAGGAAAAUAUCAUCGCAUCUUCCCAGAAAACGAUCAUCAUAAGUCCGAUGGUGAAUGGCACCGAUGCCAAGCCGCUGGCUCCACCCGCCAAGUCCAAGUUUCGUCUGACCAUUUCCCGUCCUGCCCCGGGCCUCACUACUUUUCAACCCAACGGCCCAGAAAACGGCGUCGAUGUGAAGUCAGAGGUUGGAGGGGAUCCGGUGCUGAUCCAAACCCAAAACAACGCCCCUAUCCCUGCGGAGACCAAUGUGACAAAGGGGACGGUGGGCGGUGGUCCAAAUCUGGCCCCUCCCACGGUGCUGGCGACGGAUGACGCACCUCUGUCGGAAACUAAUUCUGUUGAGGUGGAAAGCACGCCUUCCAAGCCCAGAGAGGUCAGCAUCUUCCACCGUCUGUUCAAACCAGAGAAGAAGGUGCAAUUCGAGGAGCCGGGUCAGGCUGAAGGUCCAGAAAACCAAGAAGUGGUGAUUACCCUGAACCAAAAUGGUGGAUUGCAGAGCGUCCCACCGAGCGCCAGUCUUCAAAGUCAGAACGUAGACAAAGGCAAUCAAGCAGCUGUGGACGGGCAAAGCUCGGAGCCUGCAGGCGUGCCAGUUGGCCCGGAGACCAGCACAGAAGCCACCCAAACUAGCCCACAGCCAGAGAUCCAUCCAGUCAUGAGCUUCUUCAAAACCUUGGUCAACAAGCCCGGCCUGAAGUCCGAAGAGGAGUCAAAAUCCGACGUGGAGGAUAAGAAGAAAAAGGAAAAUGGUGGACUGCGAAAAUCGUCUUCGAAGAAGGAGAAAGGGAAGGCAGCCACUCUGCAGGCUCCGGAGAAGGAGAUGAAGGCUCAGAAGAAGGCCGAGAGCUCCAAGAGCAGCACACUGGGGAGAUUGUUUAGGCCGAAGCCAAAGAAAGAUGAAGUCCAGGCGGGCGGAGACAAAGUUGUAGUAGAGCAGCCUGUUGUGUCAGCCAACUCGGAGCAGUCGGCUCCAGAACAGGUAAUCCCGCAGGAUGCUAAACCUUCCAAUGUCCCACCGCAGAUCACCGCCGCAGCCGAUGACGGGAAAGGAGCCAAAGAAUCCCCCGCAAGACCCCGACUUUUCUGGAGGAAGUCUUUUAAAGGAGACCCCCCACCCAGUAAAAUCCAAGAGAAUGGUAUGGAGGAGAUGGCAGCCGUAUCGGUAAACGCGGCCCCGGAGCCGACACUAACCCUUGAUACUAAUCCACCGGAGGUUGCCGUCCAGCCACAGGAAGAGGAGAAGGCAGUACAGGAGGCACCUCCUCGUCCUCUGCCUUUCUGGAGAAAGUCUUUUAAGGUAGACCCCCUGCCUCCUAAGGUCCAGGAAAAUAUUGCAGUAGAGCUGCCUGCAGUGUCUAUAGGUAUCGAACAGCAGGCCCCCGAGCAGCCGGCCCCCGAGCAGCCGGCAGUACCAGAGACUACACCAGCAGAGGGCGACAAACCGUCCUUGGACAGUGAGAAGCCGCUGAAAGAAGCCACGCCGCGGCCUGUGCCUUUCUGGAGGAAGUCUUUUAAAGGAGAACCCCAACCUGUAAAGGUCCAGGAGAGUGUUGCGGUCGAGCAGCCUGUUGUGUCCGUGUCUCUUAACACCGAAAAAUCGGCCCCGGAGCAGAUAGUGGCUCCGGAUGUACAAGCCGACGCUGUUAUAGCGCCGCCGGAGAAUGAGAAGCCGCCGGUGAAAGAAGUGGCUCCACGGAACGUUCCCUUCUGGAGGAAGUCUUUUAAAGCGGAACCCCCACCUCCUAAGGUCCCAGAAAAUUCCCCACCGGAGGAACCAGUGACCAUCCAACUAACCGAGACUUCUUCUGCAGAGCCAGAUUCCCAGUCAGCCAAAGCAGACAGCGGGGCCAAGACCAGCCCAGUCACAGAGGGAAAAUCUCAGCAGGGAAAAAAGGCAGACGAGGGCAAAAACUCCAAACCCAAAAUCAUGAUGUUCUUCAAACAACUGUCAGUGAUGGGUGACCCCAAUAAUGGCACGUCAGAGGAGGUUGACGGCAAACUCUCACCUACUCUGGACAUCACAGACGGCGUGGAGGUGGGGAAGUCGGAGAAGACGGUGGUCACAGCCGUGGUGGAACCUCCCCCUGCACCACCACUGCAGAAGUCCAAGGAAAACUCAAAAGAGAAGAAGGCCUCGUCAGAGAAGCUGACCAAGCAAGAGAGCAGAGAGAGCCCGGAGGCCGCCGCAGCCUCGUCGCAGGCCCAAGUGAUAGAGGCAGCGCCGGUGCUGAACGGAGCCGAAUCUUCUAAAGAGGGCCAGAUGAAGAGAGUAGAGAAGAGGCAAUCUCUGGGUAGUUUCUUCAAAGCUAUUGGCCCCAAGCGGCUAUGCGAUGCGGAGGUCCAGACAGAUCCGGUCUCCAUCCUGCCGGCAGAGAAGGCCAAGUAAGGGCCGCACGACACCAAGACGACACGAUCUCUUGUGGGCGGAAGGGGGUGGAUUCCGCUAUUGUAUAUUUCAGGUGUAAUUUGUACAGAGUUAGUUACAUACAAUACAGACACAUUUUCUUUUUUUCCAGCACCGGCCUGAUCACAAUAAUAUAUGAGAAAAUUAACUUUAAAGUAGCGCGAGAUAUUACUAUAGGCAGAAGCGAAUGUAAGCCGGUCAUCGGAGCCACUGAACGCACCAAUACCAUUGAUAUACUAUCAGACACUUCUAUAUAUGUAAUAGAAAGAAAGAGACCCCGUCACACUUUUUAGGCGCAGUCAGUCAACAAUGUUGCAGAACAUUAUGGGACAACAUAGAAAUCACUUUGACUUUUUUAAAUGUCUGUGCAGAUCUGGCGGCAUAAUAAAAAUCUCCAGCUCUACGGUACGCAGCUGCAUGGAGUCUGCACACCGGUCUGUUCUCGGACUCUACGGGAAAUUUUUCAAAUAAAAAAGGUACAAAAAUGCCUUUCAGAUGUGUUUGCGUGGAGCAGCCGAUGGGUAAAAUGACAUAUUGACCAGAAUUGCAAAGGGAAUGUAGAAAUAAUAACGGAUGGUGGAAAAAUACAAGGGGGUCUUAUAAAACGGCUCUUGAAGGUCGCUAAUGUCUAGGACUUCGGUACAAAUAUCAUAAGUCGUAUAUAUGAUCCGGCCAUGGCAUUGCAACUUGUUAUACCGCUCAGGUCCACAAGGUGAAAUAUCUGCGGCUAUUU